UGUACUUGCUUUGUUUGUCCGGAGCAGAUUCUCAGACUGAGCCCGCAGACACUCGACCUAAACGCCCGCCAGCUCCUCCGUCACCGGGUGGCGUUGUGAGCGGUUACACCGCCCGUUGAUUAGUUUAUUACUGUGUAAUAACCGCGACAAAGAUGCCGUCCGACAGACCCUUCAAACAAAGGAGGACAUUCGCUGACCGUUGCAAAGAGGUCCAGCAGAUCCGGGAUCAGCACCCUAACAAGAUACCGGUGAUCAUCGAGAGAUACAAGGGAGAGAAGCAGCUGCCCGUUUUGGACAAGACCAAGUUCCUGGUACCCGACCACGUCAACAUGAGCGAGCUGGUGAAGAUCAUCAGGCGCCGGCUGCAGCUUAACCCCACGCAGGCCUUCUUCCUGCUGGUCAACCAGCACAGCAUGGUGUCUGUGUCCACGGCUAUCUCCGAGAUCUACGAGCAGGAGAGGGACGAGGACGGCUUCCUCUACAUGGUGUACGCCUCGCAGGAGACCUUCGGCUGCUAGGGAGAAAGCGAGUGUGUGAGAGAGAGAGGUGGACACCCUGUUGGUCAGAUUACAAUCCCCCCCCCCACUGCCUCUCUCUCGCCAUAGUUUAGUGCCCUCUUCUUAUUGGUCAGUAGAACACUAGCAACUAAAACCCAGAGGACGUCUCUCCUCGUCCUCGCCGUUAACCAGAAUCGUACCCGCAAGUGUUUCCGGUUAUAAAUUUCCUCUCGUCUAUGUGAUCCCGCGCAAGACUUUUAUUUUGAAAAUGUCGAAUGAAACCAGCGAAUGUGCGUGCGUGUGUCUGUGGACGAGCUAAACUUGAGACCAUGUGAGAGUCCAGAGGGGGACUAGAAGGCAAUGAGGUCACUGAUUCAGAUUGUUGCUUCUUUUUUUUUUUU